AUGUCGGGGUCAGGCCAGGACAAUGGCUCGGAAAGCUCGUUGAGAACACCAGUAACAGUGGUACCAAGGUCCUACGACUAUGAUCACCUGGAUCAUGGGAGUCCAAUCGAAUCAGGGACUUGGGGGAGAGAGAGGUCGUCGUCGUUCUCCAACCGAUUCCGUCAAGCGGGUGGUCCCAACAGUUUGGAUAACUUUGCGCGUUCCUGGCAGAGAGCUGCCGCGUUCCCGGAGGUGAUUCCUCGACGAUCCUCGUUUGUGUCGGAGUCGGAUGAUGAAUUUGGAAUUGCUACUGGUGUGGAAUAUGCAUCGAGAAGCAACCAGCCGUGGGGAUCGUGGGGCCGGAACUCGGAUUUUGAACGACCCCUGCUGCGGGAUGAGUCGGAGGAUGAUGAGCCGAUCGAAGAAGACUCGCAUGGACCCGAGCAGUCCAAGCGUGGAAUUCCCAGCGCGGGACUGCUGGCCUCUUCUUUUGAUCGAAGUUUUGCGGCUUCGUAUGGCACGAUCUCCUCGCGAAUGAGCGAGUCGACUCGGAGACAUGCGAUUCAAUUCCACAAAGAUCAGAAUACCCAUGUCGAUGGUGCAGGAGAUCCAGAUCGGGGGCCAUUGCUGGUAAAGCAUAUCCAGCAUGAAGAUGGAACGGAAGAGGAUGUCAUCGUUGGCCAAUCUACCGUACCGCAGACUGUCUUCAACUCGGUUAAUGUAUUGAUUGGUAUUGGUCUUUUGAGUCUCCCGCUGGCAAUGAAGCAUGCCGGUUGGGUUUUAGGACUGACAUUUCUGAUCUUCUCGGCAGUGACAACCUCCUAUACAGCCAAGAUUCUCGCUAAAUGUCUGGAUGUUGACCGGAGCGUCGUCACUUAUGCUGAUCUGGCGUAUAUCAGCUUCGGACAUCAGGCCCGUUUGGUUACCAGCUUCUUAUUCUGCUUGGAACUUCUGGGUGCAUGCGUAGCCCUGGUUGUGCUUUUCGCAGACAGUCUUUAUGCUUUGGUCCCAGGUUUGAGUAUCCUGCAGUGGAAGAUCGUUUGUGGAGUUGUGUUGAUCCCACUCAACUUCCUCCCAUUGCGUUUCCUCAGCAUCACCAGCAUUCUGGGUAUUAUAUCAUGUACAUCUAUUGUGGUCCUUAUUUGCAUCGAUGGCCUCAUUAAGCCUGAUACACCAGGCUCACUGCGACAGCCCGCUAACACAUUCCUCUUCCCUGCCAACUGGGCUACUAUCCCGUUGAGUUUCGGCUUAAUCAUGUCACCCUGGGGCGGCCAUGGUGUCUUCCCAAACAUCUACCGCGACAUGAGACAUCCUCAGAAGUACGGCAAGAGUCUACGGGUGACCUACAUAUUUACUUUCGCUCUCGACUGUUCAAUGGCCAUUAUUGGUUGGCUCAUGUUUGGUGAUUUUGUCCAGGACGAGAUCACUGCGAACAUUCUCACGGUCACCCACUACCCCAAGGCCCUUUCCGUCUGUAUUAUAGUAUUCAUCUCAAUUAUCCCGCUCACCAAGGUCCCGUUGAAUGCACGACCUCUGGUUGCCACAUUUGAGGUUCUCUGCGGAGUUGCAGGCAAUGUGCCUACUGAAAACCGCAGCGAAACGGUUCAACAGAUCUCACGAGCGGCGAUUCGUCUUUUCGUCGUGGUCAUGAUUGUCAUUUUGUCCGUCAUUUUCCCAGCGUUCGAUCGCAUCAUGGCGUUUAUGGGUUCCUUCUUGUGUUUCACCAUUUGUAUUAUCUUCCCUCUUGCAUUUUACCUCAAGAUAUUUGGAAAGGAGAUCAGUCGAGGCGAGCGCAUCCUCGAUUGGAUUCUGCUUGUGAUUUCGACGAUUCUGGCUGCGGUCGGAACUGUCUUUGCUUUCUUGCCUCGGGACAUCAUUGCAAACUAG